CAGUUGUGGUAGCAGAACAAGCCACCAUGCGCUGUGCAGUAAUUCUUUGUGCUCUGGUUGCCAGUGUUCUGGCCAGCCACGAUGCCGCCUUCAAUGCCCACCAGGAAUACACUUACGCCGUCGAGUCACGCACCCUGACUGGCUUCCCCGAGCAGAGGGACCAGUACGCCGGUGUGUUCUCCCGUGCCAGACUUACUCUGUGCCAGAAGAGCGAGACCGAGCUGAUCGGCCGCUUGACCAAGGCUGAGUACGCCCCCUUCAAUGGACAGCUCAUCGAGGGCUGGGCCUCUGAGGUGGACGAGAAGACUCUGCCUUACAAGCAGCAGCCUUUCUGCGAGAAGCCUUUCAGCAUCGAGUACAAG